GAGUUCUGUCCAGCUCAGCUAGUAACAUCCUUCCCACAUUACUAAAUUUUCUUUACCGUGGCACGUACCUUAUCGCCGCCCAAGUCGAUCUCUCCCGUCUGUCCUUUCUAUUUAUUAUUCUCUCUGCUCUGCAUCAUCGUCAUCUUUUAGCUGCAGAAUCAGAAACAGCUAGCUCUCACUCCCAUGGCAUCUCUCACCUCACACCUCCCCAUCUUCCUCUUCCUCACCGCUCUCAUUUCCUCAGAAUCGCAGUCGUUCAUCGGCGUCAACUACGGCCAGGUCGCCGACAACCUCCCUCCGCCGUCCUCCACCGCGAAGCUUCUCCAAUCAACCUCCAUCAUGCAAGUCCGCCUCUACGGAUCCGACCCCGACGUCAUCAAGGCCCUCGCCAACACCGGCAUAGGCAUCGUCAUCGGGAUCGCCAACGGUGACAUUCCCUCCCUCGCCGCCGACCCCAACGCCGCCGCACAGUGGAUCAACUCCCACGUCGUCCCCUUCUACCCUUCCAGCAAGAUCACCCUCAUCAACGUCGGCAAUGAAGUCCUUCUCUCAAACGACCAGGGCCUCAUCUCGCAGCUCCUCCCCGCCAUGCGAAAUGUCCAGUCUGCCCUCUCCGCCGCGUCCCUCGGGGGGAAGGUCAGGGUCUCCACGGUCCACGCCAUGACUGUGCUGUCGCAGUCCGACCCGCCCUCCUCGGGUCGGUUCAACCCGGGGAUGCUUGACGUCCUCAAGGGCCUGCUGGCCUUCCAGAGGGACAAUGCCUCCCCCUUCGCCGUAAACCCGUACCCGUUUUUUGCGUACCAGAGCGACCCGAGACCCGAAACGCUCGCGUUUUGCCUCUUCCAGCCCAACGCCGGACGGGUCGACUCGGGAUCCGGGAUCAAGUACAUGAACAUGUUCGAUGCUCAGGUUGAUGCUGUGAAGUCUGCCCUGAAUGCAAUUGGAUUCAAUGACAUUGAUAUUUUGGUGGCUGAGACGGGAUGGCCAUACCACGGAGAUAGCAAUGAAGUUGGACCAAGUGUUGAGAAUGCAAAGGCAUACAAUGGCAAUUUAAUUCAGCACCUAAGAUCCAUGGUUGGGACUCCAUUGAUUCCUGGAAAACCUGUGGAGACAUAUAUCUUUGCACUCUAUGAUGAGGACUUGAAACCUGGUCCAGCCUCUGAGCGAUCGUUUGGGCUGUUCAAGCCUGAUUUAUCUCCCACGUAUGAUGCUGGUCUCUCAAAGAGUAGCCAGACUCCCUCAACACCAUCAGUGACUCCUUCACCUAAGCCUACUCCCUCAACACCAUCAGUGACUCCUUCACCUAAGCCUGCUACCUCAUCAAAGUGGUGUGUGCCCAAAACUAGUGGCGUUUCUGAUGCUCAGUUGCAGGCAAAUCUCGACUAUGCUUGUGGCCAUGGAAUUGAUUGCAGCCCAAUCCAACCCGGAGGUGCCUGUUUUGACCCCAACACAGUAGCAUCCCAUGCUGCCUAUGCCAUGAAUCUUUACUACCAUACUGUUGGCACAGAUCCAAUGAAUUGUGAUUUCUCACAAACAGCAACACUCACCUCUACAAACCCCAGUUAUAAUGCUUGUGUUUACCCUGGUGGAGGAAGCAGCAGUCUACCUGUGGCAGCGACGAAGAUGAAUGAGAUAUCAAAUGAUGGAUUUUCUAAGGUUAGAACAGGGUCAAGUAUAAGGAAUAAGAUCCUGGUGUACAUGUUUUUGUUUUUAAUUUAUAGCUUAUCCCUCUGAUUAUAAGGAAUGCUAGCUUGAAAGAGGGAUAUCUAUAAAUUAUAGGAACCAUUGCAGGAUA